GAAAGCUGAUGCAUUUUACUAUGGUGCCAAUGAUCAUUUUAGAUGAAGCAUAUAUCGUUUUGCAAAAAUGAAUACGAAUUUGCUGAGAUUUAACAAAAUAAGUAGGAAUAUAGCAAAGAUUCAUCAAGUAAAUUUUCAUGUAGGGAAGGAACAUCUAAAUUCUGACCAUCUCCGGACCGUAAAAUUGAGACGUGUUGUCGUGACGGGUUUAGGACUUGUGACCUGUCUUGGAGUUGGCACAAAACAUGUGUGGGACCGAAUUAUCAAAGGCCAUUGUGGAAUCGGCGUUAUAAAUGGGCAAGGCUUUGAAGGUAUUCCUUGUAAGGUAGCUGGUUUUGUACCAAGGGGAGAUAAUCCUGGAGAAUUACAGCUCAAAGAAUACAUGUCUGUCCAAGAACAACGUAUCACGUCUCAGGGUUAUGCAUAUGCACUUGUUGCUGCAGAAGAGGCACUAACAGAUGCAGGGUGGAAACCUAACACUGAAGAGGAAAAACAUUCUACUGGUGUUGCCAUUGGGAUGGGAAUGGUAGGUAUGGAGGAGACCUUCAACACUGGCCUCACACUGCGAGAUCGAGGUUAUAGUCGGGUCAGUCCAUACUUCAUGCCCAAAAUUCUCAUUAAUAUGACUGCAGGGAACAUCAGUGUCAAAUACGGCUUACAGGGUCCCAAUCAUGCAGUGUCAACAGCCUGCACCACAGGACUCCAUGCAAUAGGUGAUGCAUUCCGGUUUAUCCAGCGUGGGGAUGCCAAAGUGAUGGUGGCUGGUGGUUCUGAAGAGAGUCCAAAUCCCAUAUCUGUGGCUGGCUUCUCCAGGAUGAGAGCACUAAGUACAAAAUUCAAUGACAAUCCUCAAAAGGCAUCCAGGCCAUUUGACAAAGAUAGGGAUGGAUUUGUGAUGUCGGAGGGAUCUGGUGUUUUGGUGUUGGAGGAACUAGAACAUGCACUAGAUAGAGGGGCAAACAUUUAUGCUGAAAUUCUGGGUUAUGGUUUGUCAGGUGAUGCUAAUCACAUGACUGCUCCACAGGAAGAUGGUUCUGGGGCCUACAGGUGCAUGAUGGCCGCCCUGAAUGAUGCACAAAUUUCUUCAACAGACAUUGGAUAUGUAAAUGCACAUGCUACCUCCACACCGUUGGGGGAUUUGGCCGAGAGCCGAGCUAUCUGGCGGCUGUUCGGAGAAAGAAAUCCUGAGAUUUUAGUGUCGUCUACAAAAGGUGCUACUGGACAUCUGUUAGGCAGUGCUGGCAGUGUGGAAGCCAUAUUCACUGUGAUGGCCUGUCAUAGUGGGAAAAUACCAGCUACAGUAAAUCUGUGUGAAUCAGAUAUUGAACUCCCAUUAAAGUAUGUUUAUCAGAACUCUGUAGACUGGCCAACAGGAUCUGCAAGAUAUUUAGCUGUCUCAAACUCAUUUGGAUUUGGAGGUACAAAUGGUAGUUUAUGUAUAGGAAGCUUUAAUUAUUAAGAAUAAACAUUGUGUGUCAGAAAGAUAUUUUACAAACUCACAGUUAAAUCCAGCCACUACAGAAAACAGGUUAAGGAUAGUAAUAAUUGCAUUAUUUUUUGCCUUUUUUUAAAGUGACAAGUCAUAAUGAUAAAGAACUCAGCAAGUUUAGUUUGACAAAAGUUUUUCUGAUUGUUUAUUUUUAGCUCACCUGGUCCGUCUUUCUGUCCAUUGUCUACUGGUCAGUUUUUUCUACAUAUCGCUACUAGUCGCUAGCCCCAAAAAGGGGAAAUUGUGCAAGUUCUUUAGAAUCCUACUUCUCCUGUAGAAAUGGUUGGAUUUUGCCCAAAUUUGGUCUGAAGCAUCCUUCGGUAAAAGGAAUCAAUUUCAUAUUAAUAGAAGGUCUUGGCCUCCUAGGGCAUUAGGAGCAGGGCCAAAAAAUGGAAAUUUCGGAAGUUCUGUGAUAUCUUACUCCUGUAGAAAUGAUCGGAUUUUGCCCAUUUGGUCUGAAGCAUUCUUGGGUGAAGGGAAUCACCCCUUGGGGAAAGGAGGAGUAUGGCCAAAAAGGGAAAUAGCGCAAAAGCUCUAAAAUCCUACCGGUCCUGUACAAAUGAUCUGGUUUUACUGAAUUUGGUCUGAAACAUUAUUGCAUGGAGGAUGUGUGUGUGUGUGUGUGUGUGUGUGUGAGGGUGUGUGUGUUUGUGUGUGUGUGUGUUUGUGUGUGUGUCUCCUGUGUUAUGUACAUGUACUGAAAAAUCUUGGAAAAAUAAAAAAAAAAUUACAAAAAAAAAAUUUAUUGCAUGGAGGGGAUUCAAUUUUGUAUAAAUGAUGAGUCUUGGCCCCCUGGGGCAAUAGGGAUGGGGCGCAUACAGGGAAAUAGAACAAAUUUUUAACUCAAUUGGUCCAAAGGAUUGGUGAGUUUAUGCCAUAGCAUGGUGUAUGUCGUCAACUUUUGAAAAACAAUGUUAAUAGUUAUAAACAACUCAGCACAUUUUGACCAAAUUCAGUCAGAAGCAUUCUAGUGAAUAGGGACUCAAUUUUGUAUAAAUGGUGGGUCUAACCCCCUAGGGCCUGUUGGGCAGGGCGAAAUAGGGAAAUUUUGCAAUAUCUUUUUAAGUGCUACUAGUCCUUCUUUAGAAAUGAUUGGAGUGUUGGGUAAAGAGAUAUUUUGUGUAAACAGUAGGUCUAGGCCAACUAGUACAGGGUUCAAUAGGGAAAAAUUCUUUACAGUCCUACUCCUCUUGUAGGAGUGGAUGGAUUUGCCCAAAUUUGGUCUUAAGCAUUCUUUGGUCUCAGCCCCUGGGUCAGGAUCCAGUAAGGGAAAUGAGUAAAUUCUUUAUAAGACCUUCUUCUGUCCCAGUCUGAAAUGUAGCAUUUUUUAAGGCUGAAGAGGAAUCAGUUUUGUUUAAACAAUGGGUCUUGACCCUUCGGGUGGGAUGUGACAGGUCACAAUAGGGGAAAUACAGCAAUUUUUUUUAAAAUCGUUCUUAUUCUGAAAGAAUUAUUGAAUUUUGCCCCAGUAGGGGUCUGAAGAGGGAAGUGAAGUUGAUUUUGUGUAAUUUGUGCUUCUGAUCUCCUUUGGGAAGAGGGAUAGGGCCUAAAAGGGGAAAUAGAUUUAAAUCAGUUAAUUAAUUUCCAUGUAGUUAGAUGAAGGAAUUCAGCAAACCAAAUCAGGUGAGUGACACAGGCCCUAUGGGCCUCUUGUUGAAAAUAUAUCGGAUGAAAGUUUAAAGGUUUCAACUGGUUGUCAAAAUGAUGACAGAUUACGAACAAACAUUUACAGAUGAAAAACAAAAAUGUAUUAAUAAAUUUCACAUUUUAUUUCCAUGAAUACAAGUAGUUUGGCAUUGUUAUAAACAUAAACAGUAUUUACUUUGACAGCUUAUCUUAACAGUAUAUCACAGAUCUGUAUGUAUAUCACAUUUAUAAAAAUAUACUGGAAUUCCAUGUUUAUUUAGAUAUCUCUUGUGAACUUCAACACUGAUAGCAUGUUCUCAGAGAAAGAACUUCUUAUUGCCAAUAAAUUAUAAUAUUUAAGUGACUUCUCUAAACCAUUUAUCUUCAACAGACAAUUCUUUCACAUUAGUUCUCAACCAGACAAUUAAUACCAUCUCAUUCAAAUGAAAUU